AUGGUAUCGGACUUGAAGCCUGAAACCAUUUUGAUAGAUUUAACUGGUGCAUUGAAGCUUGGUGAUCUUGGUACUGCUAGGGUAUUUCCUAAUUCCGCUAUCAAACUCACUCCUCAGGUUUACACACUGCAAUACAGAGCACCAGAGAUCUUGCUAGGUUCUGAGGACUACACAGCAGCUAUUGACAUCUGGUCAAUUGGCUGCAUCUUUUUUGAAAUGUUGGUAGCGAAGAAGCAACAAGAAAGGAAACUCUUUUAUGGGAAAUCUGAAAUUGAUAUGCUGCAAGAUAUUUUCAGGUACUAUAGCUUGUGAAUUCAUUGACAUAUU